AUGGGUAUUCUCGAAAAAAUCCAAGAAAUUGAACACGAGAUCAGCAGAACGCAAAAAAACAAGGCCACAGAGUACCAUCUUGGACUUUUGAAGGCAAAGCUUGCUAAGUAUCGGCAGCAGUUACUUGAGCCACAAACAAAGGGUGGUUCUAGUAAAGGUGAUGGCUUCGAUGUAAUGAAAAGCGGUGAUGCGCGAGUUGCAAUGGUCGGGUUUCCAUCAGUUGGGAAGUCAACGCUUUUGUCUUCUAUUACCACAACCCAAAGUGAAACAGCAGCUUACGAAUUUACGACACUGACAUGUAUUCCUGGGGUUAUCGAAUAUGAGGGUGCUAGCAUUCAACUUUUGGAUUUACCUGGAAUUAUUGAGGGUGCAGCGCAAGGGAAGGGACGUGGGCGACAAGUUAUUGCAGUAGCAAAAACUGCUGAUCUAAUUUUGAUGAUCCUUGAUUCUGUUAAGGGAGAGGAGCAGAAAGCAGCGCUAGAAAGAGAAUUAGAAUCAGUUGGCAUUCGAGUAAAUAAAAAGCGGCCGUUGAUCUACCUGAAGCAGAAGAAAAUUGGUGGUGUUAAGUUCACGCACACAGUUCCUCUUACUCAUUGUAAUGAAAAAUUAGUCAUGACGGUGCUUCACGAAUACAAGAUUUUCAACGCCGAUGUCGUUUUUAGAGAUGACUGCACUGUUGACGAGUUAAUCGAUGUUAUUCAAGGAAAUAGAGUUUAUAUUAGUUGUUUAUACGUAUACAAUAAGAUAGAUCAAAUAAGCAUUCAGGAAAUGGAUAGACUUGCACGUCAGAAGCAUUCUAUUGUUAUUAGCUGUGAAAUGAAGUUAAACUUGGAUUAUAUGAAGGAGAAAAUUUGGGAGUAUCUAGCUUUAAUUAGAGUAUUUACAAAAAAACCAGGAAGCGCUCCAGAUCUUGGCCCUAGUGAUGGAAUCAUACUUCGGCGCGGUGCCACCGUAGAGCACGCUUGCCAUGCACUUCACCGUUCUAUAGCAUCACAGUUUCGAUAUGCCAUAGUUUGGGGAACUAGUACAAAAUUUUCACCGCAACGAGUUGGGCUGCACCACAGACUCGAUCAUGAAGAUGUUAUACAAAUUGUUAAAAAGUGA